AAAAGUCCUCACCGGUUUGACAGUAACGAGUGGACCUGUCUGCUUCUCUGGUUGGGGAAGUUGUCAAUUGAACCUCACCAGCAUCCAUCUUUAAAAAACUGUUCAGUUCGUUCAUAUAAGCGAUAUAUUAUCACACACCAUGGCUGCCUACAAAUUAGUGCUGAUUCGCCACGGAGAGAGCAACUGGAACCAGGAGAAUCGCUUCUGCGGCUGGUUUGACGCUGAUUUGAGCGAAACCGGGGAAAAGGAGGCGAAGCGAGGUGGACUGGCCCUGAAAGAUGCCGGUUUUGAGUUUGACAUUUGCUACACCUCCGUGCUGAAGCGGGCCAUCAGGACACUGUGGCUGGUCCUGGACGGCAUUGACCAGAUGUGGGUGCCAGUGCAUCGGACCUGGCGGCUCAAUGAGCGCCACUACGGAGGCCUAACUGGGCUGAACAAGGCAGAGACUGCCGCCAAGCAUGGAGAGGCUCAGGUGAAGAUCUGGAGGCGUUCGUUUGAUAUUCCUCCUCCCCCCAUGGGCCCAGACCAUGACUUCUACACUAUCAUCAGCAAGGAUCGUCGUUAUGCAGACCUGACUGAAGAGCAGCUUCCUUCCUGUGAGAGCCUUAAGGACACCAUUGCACGAGCGCUGCCCUUCUGGAACGACGAGAUCGCCCCUCAGAUCAAACGGGGGAAGAGGGUGCUCAUCGCUGCCCAUGGAAACAGCCUGAGGGGGAUAGUUAAGCACCUGGAGGGAAUGUCAGAUGAGGCCAUCAUGGAACUGAACCUGCCAACAGGCAUCCCCAUCCUCUACGAGCUCGACAAAAACCUGAAACCUGUAAAGCCAAUGCAGUUCCUGGGAGAUGAGGAGACUGUACGCAAAGCCAUGGAGGCUGUGGCUGCUCAGGGAAAGGCCAAGAAGUAAAGUGAUAGUAAAGCCCUCUCUGUGUAUGAUGGUAUAGAUUGUACCAGACAACUGGCCUCAGAUUAGUGUUUUUUCCUAAAUCCUAAUUUAUUUUGGAAGAGUGUACUGUAGAUUGUUGUCAAAGGCAACCUCACUCUACUUGUACAGUGCAGAGAUAGUAGAUGGAGAAUGGUUAGGGCCCGAAGAGUCAUAGUUCUCAAGAGAUUGUAAAUAAUUUUUGCUAAAAUUGUCAAUUAACAUUAUAACUUUUAAUAUUGCCCUGAUUGCCCAGUCUGAGACCACUUUCCCAUUCACUUGAAUACAAAUUCACAGUAUAUGAGAUACUGUUUUUCAAAUGCACUGGACACCAUUAUUAUUUUUCAGUUCACUAAGGGAUAUUGCUGUCUAUUAUAAUUUAAUUUAAACCUGUUAACAUAAAAGGGACCACUGCAAAAGGUGCACAACUUAUUUUUUAUCUCACUUCAUUUAAUUGAUGCAUUCCAUUGAAAAAGGGAUGUGUUUUUACAGUCUCUUGAGAGCAGGAUGGGACAGUCAGGGCUGCUAAACAGUCCUUGUCUUUGCCUGUGAAUGGUAUAUUUGCAGUGUCCUUGUGUGUUGUCGCUGUCUGUGUUGUGUCUGACAAUGUGUAUUUUUCACCACAUUUCUCCAAUUGAAAUGGUGCCAAAUCCUACUUUGCUUUCAGUAUUGCACUGCAUAAGAGAUAAAUCCAUUAUUUGGAUUAUACUCUGCCAGGUUCACAAUAUCACUGUGAAGUAUAAUUAACCGAAGAUAAAUCAUCUAAAUUUGUUACUCUCUUUGACCAUCUUUGGUCUGUCUUUGCCUCUUGGUGUCCUAGUAUUUAUGUGCCUCCAGCUCCUAUUCCUACAGUAAAUGCCUACAUCUGGCCUCACAGCAUUGUGAGGCAGCAGUGGUGGUUUUAGGCAAGCAGUCUGUGAAUGAAAUAUCCAAUUAUGUCUUAAAGUAUUUCCAUUUUCUUUAAUAAAUGUAAAUUCCUCUGUUGGCUAAAUGUACCCUGAAAACUGAAAUGUAAUAAAUGUGCACUUGUAGCCAUA